AACGUUCGCUUUGUAAAAACUCACCGGCAACGAGUAUUUGGCGGGAGAAUGAAUCAGACGACGGGGAGUAAAGUUGGCUUGAAAUUCUGUGCCGGGAAAUUGAAAGAAGGAGGACUGAGAUCGAAGUGAAUGACGAAGGGGCCGGGGAGAAGAAAACGUAAACAAACAAACGAGCAGGAUAAACAGCGUUUGAUCGACGCGUACGAUGUCCGCGGGAGCUUUCGCUGAGCGUUCGAAAACUUUGACAAGUUAAUCACUGACUGAUAAAUAAAUCGAUCGAUUGAUCCGAGUGAGAAUUGUAGAAUAAAAUGAGCCCGGAGAACUACAGCGACUAACGAUGCUCAGUCCAAAGAUGCAACGGACCGUGAGGGUGAACGAUGCCCAACUGGUGAUGUUGUCGGAGAGGGCACAUUUCGACCACUCGCUUGCCGGACACCUUCACAAGCGCACCGCCGAUUCCGCCAAAUGGCAGCUGCGAUGGUUCGUCCUUUAUCAGAAUCUCCUCUUCUACUACGAGAGCGAAAGCUGCUCACGACCCAGCGGCGUCGUUCUCCUCGAAGGAUGUUACUGCGAACGUCUUAUCACAGCCAAAGGAAAGGAACCGGAUAAACAGCACUGUUUCGCCAUCUCGUAUCGUCGAGAAAAUCAGCGUCAAUACGAGCUUCGGGCAGCCACGGAAACGGAUUGCCGUUUGUGGAUAGACGCCAUCCGUGAAGCAAGCUUCAACAAGCUGCUUUUGCAAAAGGAGGAACUCGAACAGAAGCAUCUCCAUCUGCUGCAGAUCGUAGAGAGCGAGAAAACUGCAAAGUGGCAAUACACUCAACAGUGCGAAGAGCUCGCUUCAGAGAUCAAGAAACUGAGGGCUGAGCUAUGCGCUCUGAAGAGGGAGUUGCGUCCGGCGACAGUCGCAGCUCCGACUUAUGUCGGGUCCAGCGAAAUUGCCGCGGGACUUCGAGCACUCGCAGGAUGCGGAAGUGGCGUCGGAGGGUCAGGGCCGGCUGCAUCCGGGGCCGCAUUGGGGUCCGGGGGUGAUUCGAGGGGCGGCGAAGCUUCGGAGGAAUCUGUUGAAGUACGGAAGAUCCUGAAGGUUCAGAGCUUCUUCAGGGGUUGGCUUUGCCGCAGGAGGUGGAAGCAGAUCGUCGAACAGUAUAUAAAGAGUCCCCACGCAGAGAGCAUGCGGAAGAGAAACAGCUUGGUAUUCCAAAUGGUCGAGGCUGAGGAAGAAUACAUGGAACAAAUGGAGGCAUUAGUCAGCUGCUUUUUGCGCCCCUUCAAAAUGGCCGCAAGCUCCAAGAAGCCACCGUGCAGUCACGAAGACGUCAAUAGCAUCUUCCUGAACAGCGAGACAGUCCUUUUCCUUCAUCAGAUAUUCCUCAAGGGUCUCACCUCUCGAAUGGAGAGUUGGCCCACCCUCGUCUUAGGGGAUUUGUUCAACAUGCUGCUACCCAUGCUGUCCAUCUAUCAAGAGUACGUUCGCAACCAUCACUACAGUCUGCAGGUUCUCACCGAAUGCAAACAGUCGUCGCCCUCCUUUGCAGCUCUCCUUGCGAGAUUGGAGAACAAACCGUCCUGCCACGGUCGAUCUCUUGAAACUUUUCUCACCUACCCGAUGCAUCAGAUUCCGAGGUAUAUCAUCACGCUGCACGAGUUACUGGCUCACACGCCCCACGAUCACGUGGAGCGAAAGAGUUUGCAGAAUGCUAGACAACAGCUGGAGGAUUUAUCGCGACAGAUGCAUGACGAGGUGAGCGAGACCGAGAAUCUGCGCAAGAACUUGGCAGUGGAAAGAAUGAUCGUCGAAGGUUGCGACAUUCUACUGGACGUCAAUCAAGUUUUCGUUAGACAGGGCUCCCUAGUCCAGAUACUGGGCGAGAAGCCACGUGGGGCACGAAGCAGGCUGAGCACGACCUUCGGAGGGAAUUGGGGUGGCGGCGACAAGGAGGCUCUCAGACAGUGUUUCCUGUUCUCGAAUCACCUGAUCCUCACCACGCGCCAGUCCAGCGGCGGACGUCUUCAUCUCGUACCUGAAGUCGGCAAGAUUCCACUUGCCGAUGCUCUUCUAAUAGAGGACCCGAGCGACCAGGGUGUCGUCGACGAUGACGAGUCGUCGGUGUGUUCGAUCUCGAGCCUGUCCAGUGGCAUCAGUGAGAGUAGCUGCAGUGGCAGCGGAAGCGGUAGCUCACAGCUCCAAACUCGAGACUUCAAGAUCAUUCUGGACGUAAAAUCCGGUGGACCGGAGGUUUCGGUUCACUUGAUAGCGCCUACUAUGCAGGAAAAGGCCGCCUGGAUAACGGACAUCAGCCAAUGCAUGGAUAACGUCCAUUUCAAUGACCUUCUCCACGGUUCGUUGUCGGACACAAGUUCCGUCACGAUGCCGCAGUCGAUACGGAACGACCCGAAGCUCUUCAAGGACGACGUUGACAUCCGGUUCAGCCGGACCCUCAACUCCUGCAAGGUUCCUCAGAUACGUUACGCCACUCCGGAACGUCUUCUGCAACGACUAACCGACCUCAGAUUCCUCAGCAUUGAUUUCCUCAACACCUUCCUCCUCACCUAUCGCGUCUUCACCGACGGCGUCACUGUUCUCGAGGCCCUGAAGAAGGUCUUCUACAACAGCGAGCCGCCCGAAUGUCAGAUUGGAACCGGAUCCGUCAUGUCCCUGGAUGUCCUGGGCAGCACUUCGGGAGACUCGCCUCUUCAGCCUCUCGACGAACGUCGACGAAACAGCGUCAGUCCAAGACGCACAAGCGGUGCAAGCUCAGUAUCCGGGUACGGGUCUGAGGUGAGCGAUAGCCAAGGGGCGCGGGGCCACAUCCUCCACGAUUCCAACCUAGGAGGCCUUAAUUCCAACACAAAGGCCUACUGGCGGUCUGGCUACCGAAAGCUCGAAGACGACCAACACCUGGGACUCAUCUCGGAAGCUCCACCGAUAAUCAGACGAAGUCCCACCCUGCAAUCCCCCGGACCUUCGUCUGGCAGGCAAUCCCCGGCAACCCCACGCAGGGUCAGCGUACGCGUGGAUACCAAUCCCGAAGACGACAGGAGUCACCUAACGAUUCCGAAAGUCAUCGCCGUCUCGUCCAGCGCAGAGACCCUGACAGACAUCACGGUGAUCAGCGCACCGUCCUCCCCGAGCAACCUUAGUUCCGUUACUCUUGUGGGAUCAACGGGGUCAGGAUCUGGUUCAGGUUCGGACCCAAGUUCCCACGAGGGUGGAAUGUACUCUCGGGGAGUGUCAGAGGAGACGGACACUCCGGUGGCAUCGGAGUCAUGCUCAAAAAAUGAGGUACAAUUCACCUACGACGAUCCUCCGCCACCAUCGCCGAAAUCAUCAAUGCGGUCCGAGUGUCCCUCAAAAUCCCCAAAGUCUCCGAGAGGCAGACGGUUCUGCUUGGAAAAAGACGACUCAAACUGGACUGACGAAGAGUCGACCCCUCCGGCUGAUCUUUAUCAACACCACUGUCAGCACAACAAUCAUCACAAUCAUCACAGUCAUCACUACUCGGAACACCGGGCGUCGAUCGCCUCCGCACCUCCGGCUUCGAUGCGGAGUGGAUCUAUUUCGACGAUUACAGGGAAUUAUCUCAUGGGGAGGCGAUCGAUACAGGAUAACGAAAUGGGCUCGGGAUCCCAGAGGCCGAGUUUCCAGCACGACAGUCAGCAGAUUUCGAGCAAGGCGGGAGUUGUGAUUACUAGUUUUCGGAAGAGCCAACGAAGCAUUGGACACGAACCUUUGUGGAGCAGCACUUCAACGGCGGCCGCGGCUUUCGCGAUCGCUACUUCAGCAUCAAGCAACCCACCUGAUAAGGCGCCGGGACGCUGUAGCGUCGGUGACGUAAGCGUCAGAAGCGGGUCUUGCCGUGAGACGAAUAGACGCAAGGAGUCCGUCAUGUCGACGGCGGCGACGAUGCGCGUCCUCAACGUCCUCAGGCACUGGGUCUCCAAGCACGCCCAGGACUUCGAGCUCGACCAGCGACUGAAGGACCUGACCAUCGAGUUCCUCGACGACAUUACUUACAGCCCAAACCUUCUGCCCGCCGAGCACAAGGCUGCCAGUCAACUACUCAGGCUCAUAACCAAGGAGGAACCCGAGAGCAGCAAAGUCAAUUUGGAGAAGCUGCUCGCACCACCGAAGAGACCAAGUGAAGAGAGUAUCGAGACCCUGUCGGCGCUGGAAAUAGCCGAACAGAUGACGUACCUGGACCAUCAGAUCUUUGUCGCGAUUGCAAGCGAGGAAUUCUUGGGCCAGGCUUGGAUGAAGACUGACAAAGCGACGCGGGCACCGCACAUCAUCCUGAUGACCAGACGGUUCAACAAAUUUUCCCAGCUCGUCGUGUCCGAGAUCAUUCGGCGGUCCAGCAUGGCCUCCAGGGUUGCGGCCAUCGAGAAAUGGGCCGCUGUUGCCGACAUUAGCAGGGUACUUCACAAUUACAAUGGAGUCCUUCAGAUAUGCGCAGCGUUCACCAACAGCAGUGUUUAUAGGCUCAAAAAGACCUGGGAGAAGGUCUCAAAGACGACGAAGCAAAACAUCGAGCGACUUCAGGCCAUCGUCUCUUCGGAUGGCCGGUUCAGAAACCUCCGAGACGCCUUGCAUCGUUGCGAUCCACCCUGCAUCCCUUACUUGGGCCUUUACUUGACAGAUCUGUCCUUCAUCGAGGAGGGAACGCCGAACUUCACCGAAGACGGUCUUCUGAAUUUCUCGAAGAUGCGAAUGAUCGCUCACGUUAUCCGCGAGAUACGACACUUCCAGCAGACGCCGUACAAGAUCGAGGUGAUCACGAAGGUGACCAACUACCUGUUGGACCCAUCUCUGCUCCUCGAAGAGGAGGACAUGUAUCGAAUGUCCCUUGAGAUCGAGCCCCGCACCUCGAGGCUCAGCAGCUCCACUUUCGUCGGGCUCCCAUCGUCUCUGAGCCAGACCCCGCCAAAGAAUUAAUUCGGCUUCAACCAGCCCUCGGCAUUCCAUUUUCUAUUUACCUCUCGUUAUCACUAUUAUCUGCUAAUUCGUCCUGCACUUUUAUCCUAGAUUCAACGUGUCGACGGUUCUCGAAGUGGGAGAAUCAGGAGCCACGAUAGAAACAAGAUAUAUUACAAUGUAAAAUGUAUUUUCUCAGGGCGUGAUCGGUCGAUGAUCGGAUCUGUUUUUUUUUUUCUUUCUUUUUGUUUUUAUUUUAUCCAUUGCUGCAGGUUACUCUUCAGUAAUUUUUUUUUCAGCAGUAUCCUGAGAGUAUCCUGAUGAAAAUUAGUUCAGUCAAAUUCUCCGCAGGAUAUCUCGCAAAAGAUUUAUGAAUUUCUCAACGGUAUUAUUAAUCGAGUUAUUCAGACAAGUAUUUUCGCUUCUUCUGCCAAUAUUUGUGAUAAAAAUCUAUAGUUUUUAAUGUAUUUUUUUUUCUGAAUUCGUAACGAACGAUUUGAGUGAUUCAGAAAUCUUGUGCGAGUUUCUCGUCGAAGCGUAAUUUGGUCAUAAAAUUCUGAAAGUUUCCACCUUGAUAAAUAAAUUGAAUUUCUUUCGAGAAAUAACCGAGUUCAGAAUUUUUUUUAAGAGAUGAUCAAAUGACGGGCAGUUCCACUUCGAGUGAGCGUACGACAAUCAUAUACUAGAUGUACAUACAUAGGUAAAGUAGGUACAGUUUCUCGAGCAUGAUUUAUAACCAGCUUGAUCAGCCGUAAAAUUAAACUUGGUUAAAACUGAUCGGGAGAUUCCCGUGAGAUGUAUUCUAACGCAUUAAAAUCAGGGCGUUGUUUUUCGUACAAAAUAAUUAUUUUCCAUAAUUAAUCGAUUAAUUGAUUGUCUGUGAUUUUCAAUAUACCUGUAUUUACAUGCGUAUAACUUUUACUCGCUAUACAUUAUAAUAUAAGAUACAAAUAAUAAACAAUAAAAAUUUGCCGCGAUCACUCGCGGUGGGAUCAAAGAUUUGAGAAAAGUUAUUACGGAGCAAAAGCAAAGGGAGCUACAGAAGACGCGGUUAGAAUUCGUAUUUUCAAUUAUGGUUAAAAUUUAUCGACGUGGGUAUUCGCAGUAAAUAUGCCCGGUUUGUUCCAAGUAAACUUAAGUAUAAAUUGAAGGUAAUCGUGUUAAGGGGAUAUCCAAAAAUGCCUGAUUAUUAUGUGGGGCACGUAAGAUAAUUCAAACGUUGAAUUCGUAGCCAUUAAUUCAGGGGUAGAAUUAUAGAGACAUUCUGCAAGGCGGAGAAAUUUCACACUUUUUCCAUCUAUCAUAGAUAUAGGGAUUUUAAUGUGAAAAAACAAAAACGUUAUAUGUAAAGACGACUUUAAUUCUUAGUGUGAGUGUUGUUUAAACACUAUUCCUAACAAUUCGUAUAAUAUCGGAUUGAAGAAUACUACAAAGCGUAAAUAUUUUCAUCGCUUAUCACUCAAACUUUGUUUAACUUGUUCGAAAUUCAAGAUUACUCCGACAUUUGACCGUAUUUCCCAUCAUUUUUAGUCAGAACGAAUGCUGGAUUGAAAAAAACAAAUCCAAAAAAAAAAAGAAAAACGGGAAACAGCAUUGAAGUUUUUUUCCGAAUUAUAAGGGUUGUUUCGCACAAGAGGAGAAUGGCUAUACAAAUGUUACAGUUGGUAGUGAUUCGACUCAGUGUCUUGAAAUCGUUAGGAAAUUUUAGAGAAGAUUGCCGAUAGAAAAAUGUGAGAAUAUUCUGGUACAUACAAGUUACGAGAUUGGCCAGUCACUGCAAUAAGACAAACCUUUAUUAAUUCAAUGAUAUUUCAAACAGUGGACGAUUUUUGAACAAGGUUCGAUAACGAUUAUUUUCAAUCUCUGCCAAGCUUGAAAAUAAGAUUAAAAGUGAUGGAAAAAAUGCAGGGAAAGCGUGGUCUGUGUUUUCGAUCUCUGUAGAACAGUUGUUAAAAUGUAAACUUUCGGAUUCAAAUAAAUUGAUCAUUGUAAUUGGAAGGAAUUUCUCCGUCGCAGAGUAAGAGCAACUAUUAUAGGUGUGUAAUAUCUCGCGAUUUAACAUAUUUUCGAUCAAUAGGUAUUCGAAAAUUAUCUGUAAUGAAUGAUACACAUUUACGUCGUAUACACUAUGAAAAGAAAUUUGAGGGGGUUACCUCAUAUAUGUGCAUCAGAGGAAAGUCCUUUGUUUGGGGUCGGAAAUUUUUUUAUCACUGACACAGCUCAAAUUUAUUGCAAAUAUGAAAAAAUACACGUUUUAUUUGUAUAAAGCAAAUUUCAAAGAAGUGGUUUCUUCAUGCCAUCGCGCCAUCGUGUUCUGCAGAAGAGAUUGAUCAAAAACCGUGGAAAGAAAAAAAUUUCAGUCUCAAAUUGAUUUUAUUUUGGAAUAAAAAAUUUAAAUUCUCACGAAAUUCUCGUGGAAUUUUUUUUCCACAGAAAGAAAUGUUACUCAUAUCACAGUUAUUUUUUUACGCUAGAAUCAGUUUCCCCGAUAGUGAAUUGUUUUGCGUGAGUGAAAGAAUCCAAGCUUUUCUUCAACGCGUUUUCAUCGAUAGAAGAUCCUGAAACUUUGGAUGUGUUUUUUUUUAAAUUAUUUGCAAUCAGUUUGGGAUGCUUCAAGUUGAAGUUUUUUUUGGACACGAGAUUAACGACCACCCUAAUAUACAUACCGUUAAGGAUAUGAUAUGAAUUAUAUUACGCGUCUUGAUAAUAUAUAUCGUGUUUGAAUAAUUUACGUGGUUUGCGUGGAGUGUAGACGUAAGCAUAUAUGUAGAUUAAGCAGAGUGAUUUCCUAACUACUGCACGUAUCGCAGUUUGGUAAAAUUUAAUACGCACGUGCUACAAUCCGAGAGCAGUUGUUUGCCAGGGUGACCAACCGUUACAAAUUCAAAGGACAGUUCGUCGCGACGUACGUAACCUUAAAAAUUUUGACAGUUGUCGGUUAUCAGCAUAAUUACCAGCGAAAGCUGAAAAUUUUUCGAGUUUACGCUUACGACGGUUGGUCAUCAUGGCAAACAACUGCUCUCAGAUUGCAGCGCAUGCGUAUUAAGCUAUAGCUGACGACGGAACAUGCAGUCGUUAGGAAUUUAUUCUGUAUCAAAUUACUCAAAGUCGGAAUAUUUCCACUGGUUUUCAGUUAACAGUAGCUCAACUGACAGUAUUAUUACACGAGUUAUAUAUACGAAGUUAUACGUAUGAAUAUGCAGAGUUAUUAUCUAAGGACGGAAUGGUCCGUCGUCUGCUGUGGUUGAAUUCGCAUGCGCUACAAUCUAGGAGCAGUUGUUUACCAGGGUGACCAACUGUCAUAAAUUUAGACGAUAGUUCACGGCGACGUAUGUAACCUCAAAAAUUUCGACAAUUGUCAGUAUUGAACGCAACUGCCAGCGAUAAUUGUUAACAUUUCUGAGAUUAUGUUCACGACUGUUGAUCGCCCUGGCAAAUAACUGCUUUAGGAUUGUAAUGCAUGUGUAUUAAACUGUAGCAGAUGACGGAACAUUCUGUCGUUAGAUAUUCACUCUGUAUAUGGGUAAUUCCAUGUGAAAUCCACCAACUUCCGAUUCUCAUUAUUUCCGAUUGUGUUUAAAACUUUUUUCUGUAAUUGUCCUAACUCUGAUACAGUACCCGGAAUUGUUUCAGAUUUUUUUAUUCAACUGCUUAAUUACUUACAAAUAUUUAAAGCAAUUUUGACAAGGAACUUUUUUAAAAUUCUUGAAACGUUCUCAGAAACUGUAUUUUAUAUUUUAAACAUUUCAAGACCGAGCUUGAAUUCCCAUUUCUCACAUUUUUUCCCAUUUGUUUCUAACACUUUUAAUCUUUUUACUUAGGUGCAACAUUGUUUGAACGGUCUGAAAAUUUCCCAAAAAAUUCUUGGAACUUUUAUUCUUCACUUAUUGUUAGAAAUAUUCUAGACAUUUUUCAAUAUGGAGCGGUUUUUGUCUCUUUUUUGGCGCAUUGAACUUUUCUCAUCACCUUCAUAAUGAAACCGGUCUAGAAAUGUUCUAACUGAAAAAUAAAAGUUUUGAGAAUUUCCAGAGAAUUUUCAAACCGUUCAAACAACGUUUUAGUUGAUCAAGAAAUUGAAUGUGCUAAAAAAAAAAAAAAAAAAAAAAAAAAAAAAUUAACAAGGAAUCAGUCCAUCACGGCCCCAGUCUUGAGAUAUUUGGAAAGGAAAAUACAGUAUUUGCAAAUUUUUUGAUAAUUUUAAACAAGGUCCUUUUCAAAGUCACUCUCAGUAUUUAUAAAUAAUCAAUCAGUUCAUUAAAAAAUCCGAAAAAAUUCAAGGUAUUGUUUCAGAUUUGUGAAAAUUGCUGAAAUUAUUUUGAAGAAAAUCAAAAAUGGUGAGGGUCAGAUGUUGGUAGGGUUUCGCAUUGAAUUCCCUACAUAUACAGAUACAUAUAUAAAACAAAUAUAUAUAUAUAUAUAUAUAUAUAUGUGUAUAUAUAAGUGUAUAUUUAUCCGGAAAUAUAUACGUAGUGUAUGUAUAUAUACAUAACAUACUGAAGUUAUAACAAUAAGACUAAUCGAAUAAAAAACAGAAAAAAAACUAAAAAAAAAAGCGGAGAUUGUGUUUGACAAUCGAUUAUGUGUACGGCUUGACAAAGACGGCGUACACGUAGAAAAAUCUCCUCACUCUAGUCACUCUUUCGCGAAUGCUAUUGCAGAAAAAAAAAGAAUUAAGAAUAAACGAAAUAAAAACAACCAUACACAAAAACACAUAUUGUAUUAAAAAGAAGUAACGAUCAAAAGAAAUUAAGGAAUUUGAAACUGUCAUCGCGAAGCAAAUAUGGCUUCUACUAGAAUUUAUAAUCGCAUUAUUCGCACCUGUUCAAAUAAUAAUUGAAAACCGUAUAAUCUAGUAGGACUGCGAUGACCGUUAUUAAAACAUAUCAAAUUUUGUCUGACAAUUCGACACAUAUAUAGAUAAAUAAUAUUUAAAUUACUGACGGUGUGUAACAUGUUUGAAAAAAAAAGUAUAUUUAUAUAUUAUACAUAUAUGGUAUACAUGGACAUAAGUAUGUUUUAAUGUAUAUAUUUACGAAUGUCGUACCCAUGCAGUUACGGCUAACAUAACGUGUGUAAAUGAAAUUAUAUCUUAAGAUGAUAAUAUAAAUUCCUAAAUUCGCCACAAAUCUUACAUUAUACAUACAUUAUACAAGCAUAAAUAUCCAUGUAUAUUUCAUUGCUGGUAUCGUCUGCUGUUUGUACAUCUUAUAAUUAGUUUUCUGCAAUUACGAUGAUCAAUUUAACAGCUGAUGAAUCAGGAAUAUGUAAGAUAUCAGAUACGGCUUUAGUACGGCCUGCCUUCACCUUGUCUUCAAUCCUUCAUGCAACAGCAGAGAAUUGACGACAGUUGGCAGCAGUGAUUAUGAAACGGAGUGAAGAAAUGAAAACACAGUGAUUACAAUAUCCUCGACGAGUUCUUUACGUUGGCACGGCAGAAUCAGACGGCAGCGCCACCGCUUGUCGGUUACAAAACAGGUUUCAGGCUCAAUAUUUGUAAAUGUGAUGUACUCUAUAACUGUCGAAUCUAACCAAAAAAUACAAAAUUCGAUUACACGUGUAUGGAACAGAGAAAACAUUUUAAUAAUCUAAGUCAAAAAUAAAAAAUUUGUAAGUCAUGGGUUAUGUUAUGUUUACAAUGAUUCGGAUAGUUUCGCGGCCGGCCGGCGGUGGCGUUGCGGACUGAUUAUGCAUUGCCAACUUAACCGACUCGUAGAAAAAAUUGGACGUCUCAGAAUCACUGCGGCCGAGUGUAUCCGUAACGAAUUCGCGUUCUUAGAGGUGAGGAGCUAGUUUACGUUCAAACGGCAGACAGAUGGAAUCUGUAAUCACAGCUAGACGAAAGAGAAAACCAAAGAAUAUUUUCCUAAACUUGUCUUUUCUUAAAUAAGAAUGUAAAAAAUAGAAAAAAAAAAAAAAAAAACACGACAAAGAAAUACGUAAUCAAAUGAAUUUGUACAAUUGCGUAAUACGUUAU